AUGGUAAGCCCAAAGACAAUAAAAGAAGUUCAACAACUUGCAGGAAGAGUAGCUGCCCUGUCGCGUUUCUUACCUGCAGUGGCAAACCGAUCAUAUAAUUUUUUCCAAACAAUCUCUAAGAAUAAGAAAUUUGCAUGGACCAAGGAAUGUGAAAAUUCUUUUAUGGAGCUCAAACAGCUCUUAACAUCACCUCCAAUACUGCAGAGACCAGAAACAGGGAAAAGGCAAAGCCCAGUAUACUUCAUUAGUAGGGUAUUACAGCCAACGGAGACAAGAUACCCGAAAAUAGAACAGCUGGCGCUAGCACUAGUCACCAUGGCAAGGAGACUAAGGCACUAUUUUCAGAGCCACACAAUAAUAGUACGUAUUGACCAACCUCUGAGGCAGAUAUUAACCAAACCCGAAUUAGCUGGACGAAUAACCAAAUGGUCCAUCGAGCUCUCUGAGUUUGACAUUCAAGAAGGAAGCAGAGCAGGUGUACUACUAAAGGAAGGAGAUAAAGUAACAGCCGAGCAAUCACUACAGUUUCACUUUACCACAAGCAAUAACCAGGCAGAAUAUGAGGCUCUGCUGGCAGGACUAAAGCUCGCCCAACAACUCAAAAUACCUCGGAUAACGGUUUAUUGUGACUCUUUACUAGUAGUACACCAAAUCAAAGGCGACUACCAGGUAAAAGAUCCUUUGUUAAAGAAGUAUUGGCUCAUAACGAAGGAUCUUAUUUCAAAGUUCAGCGAAUUUAACAUUAUUCAUGUAAACCGAGAACAAAACACUAGAGCUGAUGUAUUAUCCAAAUUAGCCACUACCAGGCAAACAACAAACAUACCAGCACUAUCACAAUUGACACUUGAUAAACCGAGUUUUGAGCUAAACACAAUAUUAAGUAUCAUGCAGGCACAGAAUUGGAGAACACCUUUCCUCGAAUACAUCAAUAUAGGAACCGUACCAAAGGAAGAAUCAAACUUACCACUCUUCCGAAGAAGAGCAAGCUUCUACACAGUGAUAGAAAACACCCUGUACAGACACAGAUACUCACAACCACUCCUCAAAUGCAUCAGCAAGGACGAGGCCGAAGAAGUCAUGGUAGAAACACAUGAGGGAGUCUGCGGGAACCACAUUGGAGGCCGAGCACUGGCCGCCAAAAUAUUACGGACAGGGUAUUACUGGCCAACAAUCAAACGAGACUGCAUUCCAAAAGUCAAAGCAUGUAAUAAUUGCCAAAAGCAUGCCACGGUCUCAGAAAUUCCAGCUGAAAAGCUCCACAUUAUAGAGGUAAGUUGGCCUUUCGACAGGUAUGGCAUACCAAGAGAAAUAAUCUUCGAUAAUGGAAGACAGUUUACAGAUCAUAAACUCGCCUCUUUUCUAACAAAUUUUGACAUUAAACAUCAUUUCAGCUCGGUUGAGCACGGACAGGUUGAGUUCGCUAACAGAAUUAUCUUGCAGGGUUUAAAGAAAAAGCUCGGCGAAGCCAAAGGCGAGUGGGCCGACCUCAUUCCAGAAAUCUUGUGGAGCUACAAUACCACAAUCCGAUCUGCUACAGGAGAAACUCCCUUCAAACUAGUAUAUGGCUGA